UAAAAUGGUUGACACAAAUACAAAACUAUGUGAUUAUUUAGUUAAUGCAGCAGAUGAUGUUUGUGCUAAAGUAACACCAAUCAAUAAAAGAUAUGAAACAAAAUUUAAAAAUGAUCCAAACAUUAAACGUAUAAAAUAUUUAUUAGGUAAGCAAUACGAUCCUAACCAGUACAUUUUAAAAGUUUUAGACGACGCAAAUCAUAAAAAUGGAAUAGGUGGUAUGAAAAAGACUACAUAUUAUAAAAUGUUAGCAGUGGCUCAUAAUUUGAAUCAUGAAACAAAAGAAAUGGAAAAUUCUGCACUAUACGCAAUGAAUAAAAUCCACGAAGGAAAAUUAGCUGCAACUAAUUUACAAAAAAAAUAUAAUAAGGAAAGAGCCUCAAAAGCUUGUUACAUAAGAAAUAUUUUACUAGAAAAAGAGAAUGAAGAUGACAAAAAGAAUAAAGACGAAAACAAGGAAAAAGUAAAAGAAAGUAUAAAUGAUGAUACUAAUACAGAACCAUUAAAACCCGAUGUCAACUUAGAUUCAGUUGAUGCCAUACAGCCAUCAACAGUUAUUGAUGAUAAUGAACCAAUUAUAAAUAAUGUCGAAGACACAAAAACGUUAAGCGAACCAAAUCAAUUCACAGAUCAUAAUAAUCAAAAAGAGAACACUGAUAAAACAAAUAUUGAAAGUAGUAAAAAUACAAAAGGAAGUAUGGGACAGGGAACUCAAAAACCUAAUAGUAGCUCAUCUAUUCCAGAAAAGAAAGAUAACGAUAUCAAUACAAGUAAAGAAAAAUAUGGAAAUACGAAAGCAAAACGUAACAUAACCAGAAAAAUAACACAUCAUAGAAAGCAUAGAAAUCCCAAUGACCCUUACGAUGUAUCAGAAGAAUAUGACAUAAUAGAAGAAAUUGAUGAUGAAGAAGAUGAAAGCAAUGAACAUUUAGAAACUGAAAAAAUUGCUUUGGAUGAAGAAAAUGGUACUCGCGAAGAAAGUGAUAAAGGAAUAAAUACGUCAGUCAAACGACCCAAAAACAAACAUUAUAGGAAGAGAAUAGAUCCCAAAGAUGGUAAAGAAAUAACUGAAGAAUAUGAAACAUCAGACGAAGAAGAGGAUAUCAACUCAAACAAUUCAGGUGAGAAAAAAUCUAACGAAACUCCAGAAUCAGAGUUAUUGGAUAACGACAAUAAUGAACACGAUAAGGAGACCCCAGAACAUUUAGAAACUGAAAAAGUUGUUUCGGACGAAGAAGAUGAUGAAGGAAUUAACACGUCAGUCAAACGACCCAAAAAGAAACAUUAUAGGAAGAGAAUAGAUCCCAAAGAUGGUAAAGAAAUAACUGAAGAAUAUGAAACAUCAGACGAAGAAGAUGAUAUCAAUUCAAACAAGUCAGGUGAGGAAAAAUCUAACGAAGCUCCGGAAUCAGAGUUAUUGGAUAACGCCGAUAAUGAACACGAUAAGGAGACACCAGAACAUUUAGAAACUGAAAAGUUAGUUUCAGACGAAGAAAAUGCUACUCGCGAAGAAAGUGAUGAAGGAAUAAAUACGUCAGUCAAACGACCCAAAAAGAAACAUUAUAGGAAGAGAAUAGAUCCCAAAGAUGGUAAAGAAAUAACUGAAGAAUAUGAAACAUCAGACGAAGAAGAGGAUAUCAACUCAAACAAUUCAGGUGAGAAAAAAUCUAACGAAACUCCAGAAUCAGAGUUAUUGGAUAACGACAAUAAUGAACACGAUAAGGAGACCCCAGAACAUUUAGAAACUGAAAAAGUUGUUUCGGACGAAGAAGAUGAUGAAGGAAUUAACACGUUAGUCAAACGACCCAAAAAGAAACAUUAUAGGAAGAGAAUAGAUCCAAAAGAUGGUAAAGAAAUAACUGAAGAAUAUGAAACAUCAGACGAAGAAGAUGAUAUCAAUUCAAACAAGUCAGGUGAGGAAAAAUCUAACGAAGCUCCAGAAUCAGAGUUAUUGGAUAACGCCGAUAAUGAACACGAUAAGGAGACACCAGAACAUUUAGAAACUGAAAAAUUAGUUUCAGACGAAGAAAAUGCUACUCGCGAAGAAAGUGAUGAAGGAAUAAAUACGUCAGUCAAACGACCCAAAAAGAAACAUUAUAGGAAGAGAAUAGAUCCCAAAGAUGGUAAAGAAAUAACUGAUGAAUAUGAAACAUCAGACGAAGAAGAUGAUAUCAACUCAAACAAGUCAGGUGAAGAAAAAUCUAACGAAGCUCCAGAAUCAGAGUUAUUGGAUAACGCCGAUAAUGAACACGAUAAGGAAACACCAGAACAUUUAGAAACUGAAAAGUUAGUUUCAGACGAAGAAAAUGCUACUCGCGAAGAAAGUGAUGAAGGAAUAAAUACGUCAGUCAAACGACCCAAAAACAAACAUUAUAGGAAGAGAAUAGAUCCCAAAGAUGGUAAAGAAAUAACUGAAGAAUAUGAAACAUCAGACGAAGAAGAUGAUAUCAAUUCAAACAAGUCAGGUGAAGAAAAAUCUAACGAAGCUCCAGAAUCAGAGUUAUUGGAUAACGCCGAUAAUGAACACGAUACGGAGACACCAGAACAUUUAGAAACUGAAAAAGUUGUUUCGGACGAAGAAGAUGAUGAAGGAAUUAACACGUCAGUCAAACGACCCAAAAAGAAACAUUAUAGGAAGAGAAUAGAUCCCAAAGAUGGUAAAGAAAUAACUGAAGAAUAUGAAACAUCAGACGAAGAAGAUGAUAUCAAUUCAAACAAGUCAGGUGAGGAAAAAUCUAACCAAGCUCCAGAAUCAGAGUUAUUGGAUAACGCCGAUAAUGAACACGAUAAGGAGAAACCAGAACAUUUAGAAACUGAAAAGUUAGUUUCAGACGAAGAAAAUGCUUCUCGCGAAGAAAGUGAUGAAGGAAUAAAUACGUCAGUCAAACGACCCAAAAACAAACAUUAUAGGAAGAGAAUAGAUCCCAAAGAUGGUAAAGAAAUAACUGAAGAAUAUGAAACAUCAGACGAAGAAGAGUAUAUCAACUCAAACAAUUCAGGUGAGAAAAAAUCUAACGAAACUACAGAAUCAGAGUUAUUGGAUAACGACAAUAAUGAACACGAUAAGGAGACCCCAGAACAUUUAGAAACUGAAAAGUUAGUUUCAGACGAAGAAAAUGAUGAAGGAAUAAGUACGUUAGUCAAACGACCCAAAAAGAAACAUUAUAGGAAGAGCAUAGAUCCCAAAGAUGGUAAAGAAAUAACUGAAGAAUAUGAAACAUCAGACGAAGAAGAUGAUAUCAACUCAAACAAGUCAGGUGAGGAAAAAUCUAACGAAGCUCCAGAAUCAGAGUUAUUGGAUAACGCCGAUAAUGAACACGAUAAGGAGACACCAGAACAUUUAGAAACUGAAAAGUUAGUUUCAGACGAAGAAAAUGCUACUCGCGAAGAAAGUGAUGAAGGAAUAAAUAUGUCAGUCAAACGACCCAAAAACAAACAUUAUAGGAAGAGAAUAGAUCCCAAAGAUGGUAAAGAAAUAACUGAAGAAUAUGAAACAUCAGACGAAGAAGAUGAUAUUAACUCAAACAAGUCAGGUGAGAAAAAAUCCAAAGAUAAUGUAGCAGAUGUAGUUCCUGAAAAUAGCACGAGAGAAAUAAGUGAGUUGGAUGACAAUGAAAACUUAAAUAGCGUAGAAGGGGCAGAACUAUAUGGUGUCGAUAAUGAAAAAAUUAUACCAGCAGCAGAUAGUAUGGGAGAAGAUUCAUCAUCAGUUGAAUCAAGUUAUGAAGAACCAGAACAAAGUUAUAUCAAUGAUUCGAAUAACAGUCAUAAAAAGAAUAAUGAGCAAUAUAAUUCAGAUGAUCAAUCCAAUAAAAUAUCAAAAGGUCAUAGAAAACAAAAGUAUCCAAAGAAUGGACAAGAAAUAUCAGAUGAAUAUGAUAUAGUUGAAAAACAGGAUGAUGAGUCAGACGAAAAAAACGAUGGCAACAAAAAACCCAAUAAACAAAUGAGACAGCAUGUAAAACCUAGAGACCUUAAGGAUGGCCAAGAUGUAUCAGAAGAAUAUGAUCCAGUGUCAAAUAAAAUCAUUGAUACACCUACCGGAGAAUCUGAUGGAGAAUUAACUGACCAUGAAAUAGAAACGCCAGAAUAUGAAGAUGUCGCCGAAAAUGAGGAAACUCCAAAAAACAACGAAUCUCCAGAUCACUAUCAAUCGAAGGAACACGAUGAGAUUGAUGAAAAUGAACCUGAAAGAAGGUCCAAUGAAGAACUAAACGAAUCUAAUGAUAUUGAUCAACAAAAUGAUAGAGGAAAUCAACCUAAUAAAAAAAUGAGACGACGUAGAAAACGUAAAGAUCCUAAGGACGGCCAAGAAGUAUCAGAAGAAUAUGAUCCAGUGUCAAAUAAAAUCAUUGAUACACCUAACGGAGAAUCUGAUGGAGAAUUAACUGACCAUGAAAUAGAAACGCCAGAGUAUGAAGAUGUCGCUGAAAAUGAGGAAACUCCAGAAAACGACGAAACUCCAGAUCACUAUCAAUCGAAGGAACACGAUGGGAUUGAUGAAAAUGAACCUGAAAGAAGGUCCAAUGAAGAACUAAACGAAUCUAAUGAUAUUGAUCAACAAAAUGAUAGAGGAAAUCAACCUAAUAAAAAAAUGAGACGACGUAGAAAACGUAAAGAUCCUAAGGACGGCCAAGAAGUAUCAGAAGAAUAUGAUCCAGUGUCAAAUAAAAUCAUUGAUACACCUAACGGAGAAUCUGAUGGAGAAUUAACUGACCAUGAAAUAGAAACGCCAGAAUAUGAAGAUGUCGCCGAAAAUGAGGAAACUCCAGAAAACAACGAAUCUCCAGAUCACUAUCAAUCGAAGGAACACGAUGAGAUUGAUGAAAAUGAACCUGAAAGAAGGUCCAAUGAAGAACUAAACGAAUCUAAUGAUAUUGAUCAACAAAAUGAUAGAGGAAAUCAACCUAAUAAAAAAAUGAGACGACGUAGAAAACGUAAAGAUCCUAAGGACGGCCAAGAAGUAUCAGAAGAAUAUGAUCCAGUGUCAAAUAAAAUCAUUGAUACACCUAACGGAGAAUCUGAUGGAGAAUUAACUGACCAUGAAAUAGAAACGCCAGAAUAUGAAGAUGUCGCCGAAAAUGAGGAAACUCCAGAAAACAACGAAUCUCCAGAUCACUAUCAAUCGAAGGAACACGAUGAGAUUGAUGAAAAUGAACCUGAAAGAAGGUCCAAUGAAGAACUAAACGAAUCUAAUGGUAUUGAUCAACAAAAUGAUGGAAGGAAUCAACCUAAUAGAAAAAUGAGACGCCAUAGAAAACGAAAAGAUCAUAAGGACGGCCAAGAAGUAUCAGAAGAAUAUGAUCCAGUGUCAAAUAAAAUCAUUGAUACACCUAACGGAGAAUCUGAUGGAGAAUUAACUGACCAUGAAAUAGAAACGCCAGAGUAUGAAGAUGUCGCUGAAAAUGAGGAAACUCCAGAAAACGACGAAACUCCAGAUCACUAUCAAUCGAAGGAACACGAUGAGAUUGAUGAAAAUGAACCUGAAAGAAGGUCCAAUGAAGAACUAAACGAAUCUAAUGGUAUUGAUCAACAAAAUGAUGGAAGGAAUCAACCUAAUAGAAAAAUGAGACGCCAUAGAAAACGAAAAGAUCAUAAGGACGGCCAAGAAGUAUCAGAAGAAUAUGAUCCAGUGUCAAAUAAAAUCAUUGAUACACCUAACGGAGAAUCUGAUGCAGAAUUAACUGACCAUGAAAUUGAAACGCCAGAAUAUGAAGAUGUCGCUGAAAAUGAGGAAACUCCAGAAAACGACGAAACUCCAGAUCACUAUCAAUCGAAGGAACACGAUGAGAUUGAUGAAAAUGAACCUGAAAGAAGGUCCAAUGAAGAACUAAACGAAUCUAAUGGUAUUGAUCAACAAAAUGAUGGAAAGAAUCAACCUAAUAGAAAAAUGAGACGCCAUAGAAAACGAAAAGAUCCUAAGGACGGCCAAGAAGUAUCAGAAGAAUAUGAUCCAGUGUCAAAUAAAAUCAUUGAUACACCUAACGGAGAAUCUGAUGGAGAAUUAACUGACCAUGAAAUAGAAACGCCAGAAUAUGAAGAUGUCGCCGAAAAUGAGGAAACUCCAGAAAACAACGAAUCUCCAGAUCACUAUCAAUCGAAGGAACACGAUGAGAUUGAUGAAAAUGAACCUGAAAGAAGGUCCAAUGAAGAACUAAACGAAUCUAAUGAUAUUGAUCAACAAAAUAAUAGAGGAAAUCAACCUAAUAAAAAAAUGAGACGACGUAGAAAACGUAAAGAUCCUAAGGACGGCCAAGAAGUAUCAGAAGAAUAUGAUCCAGUGUCAAAUAAAAUCAUUGAUACACCUAACGGAGAAUCUGAUGGAGAAUUAACUGACCAUGAAAUAGAAACGCCAGAGUAUGAAGAUGUCGCUGAAAAUGAGGAAACUCCAGAAAACGACGAAACUCCAGAUCACUAUCAAUCGAAGGAACACGAUGAGAUUGAUGAAAAUGAACCAGAAAGAAGGUCCAAUGAAGAACUAAACGAAUCUAAUGAUAUUGAUCAACAAAAUGAUAGAGGAAAUCAACCUAAUAAAAAAAUGAGACGACGUAGAAAACAUAAAGAUCCUAAGGACGGCCAAGAAGUAUCAGAAGAAUAUGAUCCAGUGUCAAAUAAAAUCAUUGAUACACCUAACGGAGAAUCUGAUGGAGAAUUAACUGACCAUGAAAUAGAAACGCCAGAGUAUGAAGAUGUCGCUGAAAAUGAGGAAACUCCAGAAAACGACGAAACUCCAGAUCACUAUCAAUCGAAGGAACACGAUGAGAUUGAUGAAAAUGAACCUGAAAGAAGGUCCAAUGAAGAACUAAACGAAUCUAAUGAUAUUGAUCAACAAAAUGAUGGAAGGAAUCAACCUAAUAGAAAAAUGAGACGCCAUAGAAAACGAAAAGAUCCUAAGUAUGAUCAUGAACUAUCGGAAGAAUAUGAUACAAUUGAAGUACAGGAAGAUGAGCCACCAUUAUUAGGUGAAAACUCUAAUACACUUCCUGGUGAACCUGAAUAUAAAACUGAAGAUGAAUUAGAUACACCAGAAAAUGAUGAAAUUCCAGAAUACAAUCAAUCAAACAAAUAUGCGAAAAUUUCAGAAUUAGAACCAGACUUCAAGUCCAAUGAAGGAAAAAAUAAUCCAAAAGAAAUUGCGGAACAAAAUAAUUUAGGCAAUUAUCCUAAUAAAAAAAUUAGACACCAUAGAAAACGUAAAGAUCCUUUACACAGUCUUGAAAUAUCUGAAGAAUACGAUACAAUUGAAGAGGAAGAUGGUGAGAUUAACAAAUUAAAAACUCCAAACAUUGUCUCAUAUGAUCAAUUUGAUAAAAACCCAAUAUCUAGUCCCAACAAUGAGAAUAAUGCCAAUGAUGAAAACAAUUUAGUUAAUCCACUUAAACAUAAACCAAAACGUUUCAGAAACCGAAUAAAUCCAGAGUACGAUCAUGAAAUAUCUGAAGAAUUUGAUUCUUUUGAAGAAUACGAUGAAGACGCUAAACUUAAGAAACAUCCUUUUAGGCGUGAAAUUAUUGAUAAAAAUCGAGAUUUCAAUAAUAAUGUUAUUCCUAACAUUGACAAUGAUGUUUCAGAAAAUGCAUUAAAUACAGGGUAUGAUGAACCUACUGUUGUACCGCAAACAAUUUUCGAAGAAAAUAAAGAAGAAGAUCCUGAGUUAUCUGAAUACUCUGAAAAUUCAGAUCUAACACCAGAAGCUUCAUCUCCAAAUGAUGUUGAUGAAACUAUAGAUGUUACAAAACCACGGCCACGUAAAGUCAGACGCCAUAAGAAAUCAAGACAACCCAAAACUGUUAAUGAAAUAUAUAACGAACCAGAGGUAGUUAAUAAUGUUCAAGAAGAACUACCGGGAACUGGAAACGGUGAAACAACUGAUAUAGACGAUGAAAUAGAGCAACCGCAAUUAUCUGAAUACUCUGAAAAUUCCGAUCUAACACCAGAAGCUUCAUCUCCAAAUGAUGUUGAUGAAACUAUAGAUGUUACAAAACCACGGCCACGUAAAGUCAGACGUCAUAAGAAAUCAAGACAACCCAAAACUGUUAAUGAAAUAUAUAACGAACCAGAAGUAGUUAAUAAUGUUCAAGAAGAACUACCGGGAACUGGAAAUGGUGAAACAACUGAUAUAGACGAUGAAAUAGAGCAACCGGAAUUAUCUGAAUACUCUGAAAAUUCAGAUCUAACACCAGAAGCUUCAUCUCCAAAUGAUGUUGAUGAAACUAUAGAUGUUACAAAACCACGGCCACGUAAAGUCAGACGCCAUAAGAAAUCAAGACAACCCAAAACUGUUAAUGAAAUAUAUAACGAACCAGAAGUAGUUAAUAAUGUUCAAGAAGAACUACCGGGAACUGGAAACGGUGAAACAACUGAUAUAGACGAUGAAAUAGAGCAACCGCAAUUAUCUGAAUACUCUGAAAAUUCCGAUCUAACACCAGAAGCUUCAUCUCCAAAUGAUGUUGAUGAAACUAUAGAUGUUACAAAACCACGGCCACGUAAAGUCAGACGUCAUAAGAAAUCAAGACAACCCAAAACUGUUAAUGAAAUAUAUAACGAACCAGAAGUAGUUAAUAAUGUUCAAGAAGAACUACCGGGAACUGGAAAUGGUGAAACAACUGAUAUAGACGAUGAAAUAGAGCAACCGGAAUUAUCUGAAUACUCUGAAAAUUCAGAUCUAACACCAGAAGCUUCAUCUCCAAAUGAUGUUGAUGAAACUAUAGAUGUUACAAAACCACGGCCACGUAAAGUCAGACGCCAUAAGAAAUCAAGACAACCCAAAACUGUUAAUGAAAUAUAUAACGAACCAGAAGUAGUUAAUAAUGUUCAAGAAGAACUACCGGGAACUGGAAACGGUGAAACAACUGAUAUAGACGAUGAAAUAGAGCAACCGGAAUUAUCUGAAUACUCUGAAAAUUCAGAUCUAACACCAGAAGCUUCAUCUCCAAAUGAUGUUAAUGAAACUAUAGAUGUUACAAAACCACGGCAACGCAAAGUCAGACGCCAUAAGAAAUCAAGACAACCCAAAACUGUUAAUGAAAAUUAUAACGAAACAGAAGAUCCCAAACGUAUUCCAACACAAAAUAACGAACACGUAAAUUAUGAGGAGAAUCCUGGAGAAAAUGAAAAAACGGCUAAUUUAAAUGAUACUGAUGGUACAAUGAAUUCCAAACAACCUAGGAGAAAAAAACAUGUUAGGAGAAAGAAAAUUCCUACGACAGCGACAGUAGAUGAGAUUACUCCAAAUAGUUUAGAUAAAGAAAAUAGAGGGAUUCAAAAUGAUAACAAAUCAGUCGAAAACCCUGAGAUACAACCAAAUGAUACUGGAAGAAACCCCCCAAAAAAAAGACGUUUAAGACGCAUUAGAACAUACAUGGUAAACAAAGAUACAAAUGAAAGAAUACCAAUUAAUGAUCAAACAUAUUCCACUACAGAUGGGUUACCGGAUACUCCAAAGAAUAAAUUAGAAGCAACUGAAAUAGAGGAUUCCGAUGAUCCAGAUUCAAAUGAAGACAAUGAUGACUAUUCUUCAUUUUUGUUUAAGGAGUACAAUUCGGAUCAAUGCAAACGCGAUGCAUACGAUAGAUUUAAGAAAGUCACAUCACAAGAUGCCAAACAAAUUGCUUACCGAAGCGUUUUAGAUACAAGUGAGAUGCGAAGUAAUAUGUUAGCAACAAUAAAAAACGCUAUAGCUAAUGUAAAAGUCUCCAAGACACUCAAUGAUGUUGAUCAAAGUUUAAGGACCGUCAGUUACUCUCUGAAAACUGGUUUGAAACAAACUGUGAGUGACUUGGUUACCAAAGUGAUUCCGUUAGCUAAAGAUUUUCUGAAAACGGCUGAUAACCUUAAGGAAUUGUACAAGAAUGGUCCUCAGUCCACACAUAAAAUGUUAUGCAACAUUUUAGAAAACGAGUCAACCGUUCCAGAUUCAGCUAAAGAUGUAUUAAAACUAAUUUCUCCAAAAUUUGACGUAGAUAAAUUAAUAAAUAAUAUCUUUGAAAAACCUUUCAAUACAAAAUCAUUGAAAGAGAAAAAGGUCAAAGCUCAAAGAAAACUUAUUAGUCUAUCAAAACACAUGGACACAGCAAUAAGCAAUAUCGACUGCUUUGUUCUGUCUGCCAUGUCAGCUGUAGGCAUCGGAGCAGACACGUUAAAACUGCUGAAAUCUGGUAGAGUUAUUAUGAGUGAUAAACAUCCCAGGUCAAAGGCACUGAGAGAUGCCGUGGGAAUAAUUAAAUCGGGUAAGAAAAUCCGAAAUAAUGACGUAGGCUUUACACCAACGUUGACACCUUCUGAUGGCUUCAAUGAAAGUGACGAAGAUGAUGAUGAUGAGGAUCCAGACCAAGUGGCUCAGAAAAACGAAGAAUUUUUAAAAACAGUACCUGACCUAGAUGAUAAUAUACCUAUACCAAAAAAAGUACCGAACAAGCGACAGUCGUUGGGUGUAAUUGUUGUGCAUCCGGACAAACAGAUCGAGUACAAAGAAGUGACUGACACUUCACAACUGAAAAAAUUCGUUGGAGACCAGACGAAAAAAUACAAAUUGCAAUCUAAAAAUAAACAUCUUAAAUUUUUAAAACUGAACAGUAAAAAAUUAGUUGACUCUAUGGUUGCGGAUGUUAAGAAAAAGGCUGAGAGAAAUGGAAUGAGCAAAAAAGAAAUGGUAGAAGAAAUAAUUAAGAAUUUGAAAAGUAGUUGAACGUAUUUAAAAUUAAAAAUUUUUACGAAUGUUUUUUUUUAUUGUUAUUUAUAAAA